CAGUGAAACAGUAGUUGGAGGAGUGAUCUGGAGAAACCUGUGCCACCACUUCCACCUAAAAGUCAGCUUUGCUUUUCACUCUUUGUCUGAGAUUACAAGAAACAUGAGUGGAUUUGGUUCUGGAGCAACGCUGGUAAAUGCGAUUCUGCAACAGUAUCACAACACCACAGACCGCUGUGUUUCCAUCAGUCUGAGCAACUGCAGCGAAACCCACAGCCUUGUGAACCCACAGGUGUACACAUACAGCGGUUACUGCUACAACCCCCCACAGCCCACCAUGAGACCAGGGGUGACAGAGAUGUGCUUUUUUGGAAAAACCUCAGGAUGUGCCACUGGUUCCGUGGGGGUUCUGACGUACGACAUUGCUGAAGACGAAAAGCACGUCCUUGGUCGCCUGGCCAUCAUGUUCUCCGUGCCUUAUGAUUACAACCAGUUUGAAAACUGGUUUGCGCUGGGGAUUUUUGAGAAGGAUAAAGAGUGUAAUGAAUCACUUUACAAACACAUGUACUACGAUGAGAAAGGAAAAUUCUGUCGUAGCAAGAGUGUUGGAAGUGAAAUGAGCUACAUUGAGAAACAGGGAGGGUUCAAAGUGAGAGGAACCAUGUCUCCAAUGGGCAAAUCAGUGAUGAAAGUUGAGCUCUGGGAUCACUGUUGCAAUUAACUAUUUUGCAUGAGGGCUCACUUUUAACUGAUAUUGUGAAAUAAAUAAUGUCAAGAAAACAGUUUGGCUCAACUUCUUCUUAAAACAAGAAAAUGUAUUUCUAUAGUUAUGAUGGCUUUUGCAAGGAGUUUGUAUGUUCUCUCCAUAUUUGUUUAGGUUUCCUCCCACAGUCCAAAG